AUGGAACAGUCGUCGUUUGCAAGUAUAUUGGAGGGGGUGAAGCGGAUGCGAGAGGAGUAUGGGGAUGGGGAAUCAGAAGGAGGAGGGCAAGGUGACAAGAGUGAGGAAGCUCAACAGAAUCAACAAAGUGAGCAAAAUCAUCAAAAUCAGCAAAACCAGCAAAAUCAUCAAGAUCAUCAAAAUCAACAAAACCACCAAAAAGAACAAAACCAGAACCACGUACAAAACCAACAACAAUCCCGCGACCGGAUCCAGCCUCAUCGGCGCCGACCAGCUCCACAAUCUUACUCGGCAGUUCAAGUCUCCAACUCACAAAAAGGCAAUCCAUUGCUCAACAAUUCUUUGAUGAAAACCACCCCGUGGUCAUUCAACGGGUCUAUUCUCUCCGACUACUACAUCAAUGCUUCCGUUCAGAUACUCUUUCUUUCAUUAAAGUACCAUAAAGUGCAUCCCGAGUACAUAUGGCAGCGACUCAAGAAACUACACAGGGGAUCAUCGGUGUCUUCCCGUUCCGAUAAUUCGCUUCGAGUGCUCUUGGUGGUGGUGGACAUCGAUGCCUACAACGAGGUUCUUCGAAAGUUGGCAGAUUUGUGUAUUAAACAAGACUUGUCUUUGGUACUUGCUUGGUCGUUUGAGGAAGCUGGAAACUAUAUAGCAUACGCCAAACAAUACGAGACUUCAGCUUCCAAUGCAACGUCGGCUAUUCGUGGGAUCAAAAGCCAAGAUUAUCGAGCAGCAGUUGUGGAAACUCUUACUUCGGUGCCGGCGGUGAACAAGACUGAUGUGGUCAACUUGUUGGCCAAUUUUCACUCUUUUCACAAUGUGGUGAAAGAAGGUUCCAACGGGACCAAAUUGGGCGAUAUACUGGGGAUGGGCAGCCGCAAGGUGGAGAAUAUGAAACGGGUGUUCACCGAGCCGUUUAUAUAUAAUAAGGAGUACGGUAGGACUGAACUGAACUGA